AUGGUCUUCUGGAAGUCUCCCAGUUCUGUCACCAGUCCAGACUCCCGAGUCCACCUGCGCGUGUUCAGGACUCGCAAGUCUCCUCAGUAUCUGGCUGUGGAUGUGAGAAGACUAAACAACAGUCUUCUUCUGUUUCGGCAAGGUGUUGCUGCUGCACUGGGGGUUCCUGCCAGACACGUACACAUCAAUCAACUAAAUGAGAGGAAGAAUGGCAUUGAGCUCUUUGUGGUGUCUGAUAGGCCAGGGCACACGGAGCCCCGUCCAGCUGAGGAGGUCAUCCAAUCACUGAAUGUCCAGGUCCUUCACCGCAACUUGGGACACUUUGGCAUCACAGAGGUCUCAUCAGAGAAGAAUGUUCUUCAGGGCGAACAGACAGACCAUGUGUGGAGAAGACAAGGGCUGUAUGCCGUGGUCCUCUCCCUCACCAUCUUCAUCAUCAUCAUCACCUGCUUGAUGGUUCUGUACCGCCUUAAGGAGAAGGUCCAGCUUUCUGAUAGACAGCUCAAAGCCCGGCCGCUUGACCUCCACCUGGUCCCGGCUGCCUCCCUUGACUCUGCCCGGAGGUUAAAGGGCACCAGGGUCGCAGUCUCCAGAAGCAUGGUCCAGGCUGAGCUCCCACCGACCAGAGCCACACCUAUUCCCCAACAGCAGCCAAUCCUAGCCUGCCGUCGGCCAGCUCCUCCCACCACCUCGCUGUCAAGCCCCGCCCCCGUCGGCAACGCCAACGUACAAGCCCUCCAGGCGGCUGCUGCCCCGUCAAUCACCAAUAACGAGCUGAAGCCCUGCCCCUCCCCUUUCAGGAUGAAACCCGCUGCAGGACUGCAAGAGAGGCGUGGCUCUAAUGUAUCGCUGGUGUUAGACAUGUCAGCUUUGGGCUCUGUGGAGCCCCUCAGUGUUGCCAUGGUAACACCCAGAGAGGCAGCAGCCCGGGACUUCCUGCUUUCUGCUGGCCGGCCAAUGACUCGCCAGCAGCUCCGUGAUGUCAUCAGGAACACACACACGUUGCAUGCCGAGUUUGCAGAAAUUCCCAUGAAUUUUGUUGAUCCUAAGGAACUGGACAUCCCAAGCCAUGGAACCAAGAACAGAUAUAAAACCAUCCUGCCCAACCCUCACUCCAGAGUCAUCCUGAAGUCAAAGACAUCCAACGACCCUCUGAUCUCCUACAUCAAUGCUAACUAUAUACGGGGUUACCUAGGUGAUGAGAAGGCAUACAUCGCCACUCAGGGCCCCAUGGUGAACACGGUGAACGACUUCUGGCAAAUGGCAUGGAAGGAGGACGUGCCCGUCAUCGUUAUGAUCACCAAGCUGAAGGAGAAGAACGAGAAGUGUGUUCUGUACUGGCCGGAGAGGAGGGGGAUCUAUGGGAAGGUGGAGGUGGUGGUCAACAGUGUCAGAGAAUGUGAACACUACACCACACGCAGUCUCACACUCAAGUGUGGGAAUCAAACCCGUGUGCUGCAGCAUUACUGGUACACAUCAUGGCCGGACCAUAAGACCCCAGACUCAGCCCAGCCUCUGCUCCAGCUGAUGGAUGAGGUGGAGGCAGCUAGACAGACAGCCAGCGCUCUGGGACCUGUCAUUGUACACUGCAGUGCUGGGAUUGGCCGGACAGGUUGCUUCAUCGCCACAACGAUAGGCUGUCGGCAGCUCCAGCUUGAGGGAGUGGUGGACGUACUGGGCAUAGUGUGUCAACUACGAGCAGACAGGGGGGGGAUGAUCCAGACAGGGGAGCAGUAUGAGUUUGUCCAUCAUGCCUUGGGCCUGUACGAGUUACGCCUGUCCACCUCAUCCGGCCAAUGACCUGUCGCUGUCACAGGAAGCAUCAGCUUAAUUCCGGAAGUGCGCUAAUGUAGCACUUCCUCUGCUGUUAGUGGCUCGUACCCAGAGACUGACAUUUGUGAGUUUCUGAAGAAGAAGAAGAAGAAGAAGAAGAAGAUUUAAGGUUUGAUUUGCAGCCUGGACAGCCAUUAAAAACAGCUGAGAGAUGACCUACUGGCGGAAAAGGGAGAUUUAAACGUCUGAUUAUGGAAUGUAUACUUU